UUGAGAGCCCUGUUAUGUUUCUGGAAGAGGUGUCUCCAGGGCAGAUAGAGGUGGAAGUCGAGACGACCGAGACCUACCUGCCUGAUCCGUUAUUAGACCACAAUUAUAACUUAACUGAACUGAGGCCUCUAUCCAAAAUACCAAACAACGUCAAAAUACGGGGGCUGAAAGCGGUGUACCACUGCAGCAUAUGCGGCUACGCAACGCUAAAGAAGGAUGCAAUGCAGGCUCACUCGCUCACACACAAGAAGCCGGAGCGGCCGGCACCGAAGACACGGUAUGUGCCGUGCCCGUGCUGUAACGUUAAAGAGAAGUUUGAGAAGUGUCCGGAGUGUAGUUAUUACACAAAGAGGAAAUCGAGUUUGAAGAUACACAUGAGCAUGCAUAAGAAGGGAAAACCUUACAAGUGCACGGAGUGUGACCACCGUGUGGAAACUCUGAAGGAAUUGAUACAACACUUCAAAACCAGGUGUCACCUAUGCAACUGCUCGAAGAAGGGGAAGGGCGGCCUGGUGUCUCACUCGAUUAAAUGUAGCAUGAAAUUAAAUACGUGAUUUAUA